CGCCGAGGGGCGGGACUAUAUGGGGAAAUUUGCGAUUUCCUGGUUACAGUGAAGUUGAGUUAUAUGACAACAUUCCUUACUCUUUCAGGAUGAAUGUGGGCGUAGCUCACAGCGAAGUGAAUCCCAACACCCGGGUGAUGAACAGCCGAGGAAUCUGGCUGACGUACCUGUUGCUGACCAUCGUGUUGCACAUCGUCUUGCUUAGCAUCCCUUUCUUCAGUGUGUCACUAGUAUGGACCCUAACAAACGUGAUUCACAAUCUGGCAAUGUAUGUGUUCCUUCACACAGUGAAGGGUACUCCUUUUGAGACGCCUGACCAGGGUAAAGCCCGUUUGCUCACUCACUGGGAACAAAUGGACUAUGGCGUCCAGUUCACAUCGUCAAGAAAAUUCCUCACCAUUUCACCCAUAGUGCUGUACAUUCUGGCCAGCUUUUACACCAAAUAUGAUGCCACCCAUUUCCUAAUCAACACUGGCUCCCUCCUCAGUGUCCUCCUUCCAAAGCUGCCUCAGUUCCAUGGAGUACGUCUGUUUGGGAUCAAUAAAUACUGAGGUGACUCUCAAAAAAGGCUUGAGGAGAUAAAGGAAAUAGUGGAGGAGAAUGUAGUUCAUUGGUUUGUCCUCUAACUUAAUACUUUUUCUUGCACCAAGCUGGCUCUCAACCUAGAACCUAGUUUUUACACAGUUUUUUCUUUUUCCAAGAAUUUCAGUGGGUAUAAAUUCCAGACUAUGAAUUCAUUCCAAAUGCAGGUUAAAUGAAUGAGUUAUAACAGAUCUCACUGCAGGCAGUGCACCCUUCCAUAAUAUCAAGCAAUACAUUAUAUAUUCCUGAUUCCAACACUCCCGAGUUCCGAAAAGAUGCCUGGAUCUGGUAUAGUCCUGAAUUGCUUGACCUUCAGUAGAAGAAGAAGUUAGCUUGAUUUUGAUAAAUAUUCUCUCGUAAUCAAAAGACCUGCUCACUUAGUCACCUUUCAUGGCAGUGAGGAGCAAUAAUCAAAUUAUCAACAAGUCAAAUGAUCACAAAAUGUGAAUCAAUGUCACCAAAUUUUUAUUCACUGUUUCCACUGUAUCCAUUUAAACUGACUGUCACUCCUGGAAACCUUUAGACUGAUGCUGAUAUUCCAGUCUCAAGUGUCUUGGACCCUGUGUUCUGUGCAGCUUUUAAAAUAUUAUUUAUAAGUUAUUGCAUUUUUCAGCCAUUGAAAAACAUGGAUUUGUGGUGCCUGCAUGUGUUACUGGAACAGUUUGUGGAUUUGUUCUUACAUUCAAAUCAUGAUAGAACUAAGAAGGUUAGAGUUAAGUGCACAAAGCAUAAGACUUUUUUGUAAGCCUGUUUUGUGGAUAUUGGUAAUUUCCAUGGUUUUUCAGCUGUAUUACUGCCACAUGUUACUCCUUUGUUAUAGGAAUGAAUAAAAUAUGAUCUGAUGUCUGUUGGGGGAAAAAGCAUUUUCACAGCUUUUCUCUAAACCAUGUAAUAUUCGGCUUUAUUUCUUUUUCCCAAAACAUGCUGUCUUGCAUGUAUUCCAGUUUUUAGAUAUGAUAAAAUAUGUGCUGUUUUGAUUUUGGUGCCAUACAUGCUAGGUUAUGUAUUUUCACACACAAAAAAUGAACUGCUGCAAAUGUACUUUAUGACUAUGAUAGAUUAAACCCCACAUCAGUUUAGGUAUAUUAUUGGUUUUUGAGUGGGGAUUUAUAUACUGUACAUAUUGUCCAUUAUAGGUCCUUUUAAGUGUUGUCAUUACUUAUGUUAGUACUUUUGUACCUACUGUAAAAAAAAUCAACAAUGAGACUUUUCCUUUGGAAAAACAGGGGCCAUUUAAUAUGCAAUAAAAACAAACUUCUAACCACUUGUAAAGCUGGUUAA